CUUGGAACGCUGCCCGAGCCAGACAGGAAGUGUGCGCAUGCGCGUUGAGUGUUACACGGUGGUGCCUUAGUGGCACUUUUUUUGGGAGAGGAGUUGUAACCUGGCAGCGAUGGAGCGAGGAAGAGGAGCAGCCACCGUGCGAUCCGAGGCGUCCCAGCUGAGACAACGUAAAAGUCACAAUGUUACCGCUGCAGCGGCGCGACCCAAACCACAAGCGCGGCAGGAGAAGGGCCGUUUCAUGCGGCGGGUGUUUGGUUUCGAUUGGUCGGACCUGUCCAGCUGGCAACGGUUUGUGAGUCUGAUGAACCGGCCCACAGACCCCGCCGGCCUUGGGGUCUUCCGCUUCCUCUUUGGUUUGCUUAUGGUUUUGGACAUCCCCCAGGAGCGUGGCCUGAGCUAUCUGGAUCACAAGUAUCUGGAUGGGCUGGAUGUGUGCAGAUUCCCCCUCUUCAAUUCCCUAAAACCUCUGCCUCUGGACUGGAUGUAUCUUAUCUAUGUGAUCAUGUUUCUGGGGGCCCUUGGUAUUACUCUUGGGUGCUUAUACCGCCUCAGUUGUCUGUGUUUCCUUGUGCCAUAUUGGUACGUCUUCUUCUUGGAUAAGACCACUUGGAAUAACCACUCUUAUCUGUAUGGACUGAUCGGAUUCCAGCUCACAUUGAUCAAUGCCAACCGAUACUGGUCUAUAGAUGGAUUAUUUAGUCCUCGUAAGCGGAAUGCACAUGUCCCACUUUGGAACUACACUCUUCUUCGUACUCAGAUCUUCAUUGUGUAUUUUAUCGCUGGCAUCAAGAAGCUGGAUGCAGACUGGGUGGAGGGAUACUCCAUGGGCUCGCUGUCACGUCACUGGCUGUUUGAUCCAUUUAAGCUUGUCAUGUCGGAGGAGAUGACCAACCUUGUCGUUGUGCAUUGGGGAGGACUGAUCCUGGACCUGACAGCCGGAUACCUUCUCUUCUUUGAUGUCACACGUCCCAUUGCUAUGUUCUUUGUCUCUUACUUCCAUUGCAUGAACUCUCAGCUUUUUAGCAUAGGCAUGUUCUCGUACACUAUGCUGGCCACCAGCCCACUGUUCUGUUAUCCUGAUUGGCCCCGUCGUCUGGUGUCAAAGUUGCCCGGCUGGUUACACUGGGCAUUUCCUCGCACCCAGUCGCCACAAAAAAGCUUGGAAUGCGUUUACUCAGGACAGAAGGCAAAGGGCUCCAUAAGACUACGACACAAACUAGGAGCCAUCUUUACUGUUAUCUACAUACUCGAACAGCUGUUCCUGCCCUAUUCACAUUUUGUUACCCAGGGAUACAAUAACUGGACAAAUGGCCUUUACGGUUACUCAUGGGAUAUGAUGGUGCAUUCACGUUCCCACCAGCAUGUGAAGAUUACAUACAAAGAUGGACUCACUGGAGAAAUUGGAUAUCUGAACCCUGGGGUUUUCACACAGACGCGGCGCUGGAAGGAUCAUGCUGACAUGCUGAAGCAGUAUGCCAACUGCCUGCAAGGCCUGCUGGGAGCUUAUAAUAUCUCUGAGCCUGAAAUAUACUUUGACAUAUGGGUGUCAAUCAAUGACCGUUUCCAGCAGAGGUUGUAUGACCCCACAGUGGACAUUGUCAAAGCCGAAUGGUCGCCAUUCCACAAAACACCCUGGGUUAAACCGUUGCUGGUAGAUCUGUCACCAUGGAGGGCAAAAUUUCUGGAGGUUGAGGACAGUUUGGAUAAUCAGACAGAUGUGGUGUUCAUUGCAGAUUUCCCAGGUCUUCACUUGGAGAAUUUUGUGAGUGAGGAUCUGGGUAACACCAGUAUACAGGUGCUGCAAGGUGAAGUCAAUGUGGAGAUAGUGAAGGACGCAAAGAACUUCACCCUGAGAGAGGGAGAUCGCAUGCAGUUGCCAGCUGGGGAAUACCACAAGGUGUUCACAGUGUCCCCAGGGCCCUCGUGUUACAUGUACCUUUAUGUGAACACCACAGCGGUGACCCUAGAACAGAACCUUACCCGACUGCAGGAGCUGAAGGAGAAGGUGGAGAAUGGGAGUGAAACCUCUCCCCUACCACCCGAGUUACAGCCUCUCCUCUCCGGAACAGUGGAAGACCUCAAUACGUCAGAUCCCCUUGUGCUCGCCUACCUACGUAGACAGAGACGGCUAGAAGAAGUAGAACGUAGACGAAAUGCUACAGUCAUAGAAAGAUUUCAUAAGUUUAUGAAUAAGAAGUAUUAUCUUCUACGACGGAGUUUUCUGAUGACGGCAAUUUCUCUCCGGAAUCUCUUAUUUGGUAAGCCUCCCCUGGAGCAGCUGGCAGCAGAAGUGGCAUUUGCCAAUAUUAAAUAUCAAGAUCCAAUGCAGCAGGAAGCCAAGCAGCAAGACUUCACCAUGAAAGACCCAGAACACACGGACUUGUGACUGCACCUUACACCAUAAUACUUAUCAGUAUUGUCGGACUAUUUUAGAUUGUUUUUCUUUUUGUAUGUUGCAUCAAGCUGAAUACUUUUAUACAUGGGAUUUUACACUACGUAAUCCAGCAGAAAUAAAUUUUUACCCAAUAUUCAGUGGAGGCUAUACUAAUCCACCAAUAUCCUUGGACACGGACAAACACUUGGACACCCCCAGCCCCCCCCUCUUCUCAGAGGCCAUGGCAUGUUGAAGGCAGCACCAAUAUACGAUGCUUUUGUAUGUAGGGGCCAUUGCAUAAACGGCUAUUCGGCAGUGCAGACUGCCUCAGCUGCCACCGGAUGGUCAUUUAUGGUGCCCCGCUGACUAUUACUUACCUGUCCCCGGGGCAUCCUCUUCGGGAUCCCGCUCCAUCCCGUCAUCCAAUAGGAGCGAUGUGUGUAAUGUCGUGAUGGCGGCGAUGGAGAGCAAGGAUGCCGGGGAAGUAGAGGCCGUGCCGGAGCGUCAGGGACGCGGUGACAUCCAGGGCAGCGGUGACGGUCCAGAGCGGCGGGGACAGGUGAGUACUGUAUAACCACCAAUACUAGUGGUCUUCAACCUGCAGCCGUUGGCUGUCCGAGCAUGCUGGGUGUUGUAGUUUUGUAACAUCUGGCGGUCCACAGGUUGUAGACCACUGUCCUAUACUUUACAUUGCACGGAUCCCUCAACAUAUGAUGUUUUCAACAAAUGAUGGUCCAUUUGGAAUGGAUUACCAUCGUAUGUUGAGGGACCACUGUAUAUUAAUAACUAGGUUCACAUCAGCAUUCAGAGGGGCGUUCCAUGCUUCAGUUAGUGUGACAAGGCAUUAAAAAUGCAUGGGACCCUGAGCAGGUGGGGUUUGUGCCGGGGAGGGAAGCCAGAGACAACACGAUAAAAACUCUGGACUUAAUUCAUUCUACACAGGCUAAGAAAAUACCUCUGAUGAUGCUAUCACUUGACGCCGAAAAGGCCUUUGAUCGCAUCUCCUGGUCCUCCCUGGCACAAACCUUGCAACAUGUUGGUCUGGGUCCAAACCUCUCAGCUAAAAUUAUGGCACUGUACCACGCUCCUAGCGCUCGCUUGAAAAUCAACGGGUCCCUCUCUGCGCCAUUCUCAAUCCAUAAUGGCACCAGACAGGGCUGCCCCCGUUCCCUCUCCUGUACGCUCUGGACCUUUCCCAAUUGUUCUCGUCAUUUUUCCCCCCCCUCUGACCAGAUUCCCGACGGAAUUGGACUCCUGGAACCGCAAGGAUUUCUCGUGGUUUGGUCGUGUUAAUAUCCUUAAAAUGACCCUGAUGCCUCAUCUACUCUACCUCUUACAAACCAUUCCUUCUUCUUACUGGAGUCAACUGAAGGCUUGCUCUGGCUCUUUUGUAUGGGCCUCGGCUCGCCCUCGUCUUAAUAGACUUACUCUGUCCCGUCCUAAAUCCUUGGGUGGGGUGGGCCUCCCUGAUUGCUGUACAUACUACCUAGCUUGUGCUCAUGGUACUUGAUCUGUUUCACAACCACACAUCGAAACUUUGGGUUCGCUUGGCACAGGAUAUCUGCCCCAAUGCACUCUCCACUCUGCCUUGGACCUUGGCCCCGACAUCUCAACAUACCCUUCCCACCUCUUUCACUACCUGACACACCUUGGCGAUCCUCCUUCACACGGGACGGGGGUCUGGUCUUAUCGACCGGGGAGGGCCUCUCCUCCCUAUCAGGGACAACCCACAUUUUCCAUCUGGUUCCUCCGCGAACUGCGCUUUCUUUGAAGCUACCUUAGCUCGCCCACAACGAUUCCAUCAUGUCCUAGCUGGUGGUGCGCUCAAACCUCUAGAGGUCGUCCUGGGGGAACACCCGUUGUCUAGACGCGACCCAUCCGCCUACCUUCAGCAACAACAUUUUUAUUCUAGACUCCAAGGUCGCCUGAAUCUCCACCGUAGUCUGACCCCGUUUGAACGGUUAUGCUUGGCCUCCUCGUACUCUCGUCACUCUCUCAGUCAACUACAGCUUGCUAUUGUCCCCCCGAAUGGAAGCCCUCCUGAGCUUUUGUCGAGCCUGGGAAUCUGAAUUGGGCACAACAUUCCCCCCAGAGCAAUGGCACAGGUGCUUUUUCCUCACGCAUAAAGCUGUCAUUGCCACGAAGGCUCAGGAAACAAGCUAUAAAAUUCUCUCAAUGGUAUUGGGUCCCUGAGAUGCUCCAUUGUUGGUACCCGACAGUUCCGAGCUCAUGCUGGCGCUGUGGUGGUGAUGAGGGUACUAUGACGCAUAUCUGGUGGAGCUACCCCCAGCUUGCAUCAUUCUGGAGAUCGGUCCUUCAGGUAGUUGGGGAUGUGACUCGAGUCCAGGUUCUCUCUAGCCCGAAAGCUGCCUUACUUUAUGUUCCCAAUGGCGCAAGCAAAAUACCCCUUGCACGACACCUUCUCCAAGCUGCUAAGACUGUUAUCCCCAGGCAUUGGAAAAGCCCUGUGCCUCCCACUCUUGAGGAAUGGUUUUCCGAGGUGGCGCACAUUCAACGCAUGGAGGACCUCCUGGUUCCUCACCCGGAGGAUGUGGCCAAAUUAGCUGCAACCUGGCUCCCGUGGACUACCUUCUGCUCUUCCCCUGAAUACCGGAGCAUGGCGAUCCAGAGUUCAAUCUCACGUCUGGCCCCGUUUUACUGGCUCCGAUCUGUCCGUCGGAGCUGCGCUUUACUUGGUACCCGCCCCAGCAGAGUCUCUCUGUUUUCGGUCUUUUCGUUGUCCUUCUUUGUCCUUGUGUAGUCAUCUUGGCUGAUUGCUUUGUCAUCCUGAUCCGACCUGAACACUGCCCUUACAUUACUGUAGUUUUCUCUGUUGAAUUUUCUUCACUCUGAAUGCCUAGGAAGAUUAUUCCCCCUCCCUACUUGCUCCAUCACUUUCCUUUUCACCCACCUGCCCUGGCAAAUAGAUGGCUUUCUGACAACCACAAGUUUUUGGUUUCAUUGCAGAUUUAUUACAGUUUUGCUGUAUUCUUCAUAUUGUCCUGCAUAGUCAGGUCUUCUGUUUCAUUGUUAUUUGGGCCUACAAGGCCAUUGAUUGAUGUAUAAUUUGUUCCCAUCUGCUUGUAUUUACUUGGUUUUAUUAAUAAACUCUCUUGAAUUUGGAAACAAAAAAAAAAUGCAUGGGACCUGAUAGCUGAUAUAACAGAGCUCUACAAUGCUGAUGUGAACAUAGCCUUAGGCAAUAUGAGAUCGCAUACAGCUUGGGGGAGUGCUAAAGCUGGGUACUCCUGUAUGUAAUUUUUCAUUUUUGCUCGGUAUGAAGAUUUCCCAGAUCAGCAACCGAGGUUUUGUAAAGUAUUUUUACAGGAUUUGCCAUACAUUUCUAGUAGGUGCAGGGUAUAGCAGUAAUAAGCACAUCUGACCCCCAGAGGGUGGUCUGUUUUCAUCAUCCAGAAAUGGUGAGAGUUCAACAUUUUAUUCUGUGCUGAAGUGUCAAGGAAGCAGGCUAUGUACCAAUGCUGCAACAUUUGUGAUAUUAUUGAACAUCACUUGAAAUUUCUGUUUUAGUUUUAAAAUGGCAUGCUAUGUAUACAGCUGGAUGGGGAGUGGAGUAGGAUGCCAUUCCCUUCCCUAGCUCAUAGACUAGUUAUCACAAUGAAUUUCAGAAAAGCUAGAUUGAUCAGACCUUGUCAUACAAGCCACCAGGUUUAUAAAGAUAUUACUAUGCAAUACUAUUGUAUUCUGCUGAAAUUUUAGUAGCUGUUCCUUCAAGAGUUAAAUGUAUAAGGUCCACUGUAAGACAUUUAUCCCCUAGCUGCAUGAUAGGGGAUGUUUGAGUGCAGGGGGUCCUAGUGGUCAGAUCCCUGCAAUCUCCUAUAUGCGGCACCAGCUCUGUUAGUGUUUUUUGCACAGUUUUAAAAAAAAUCCCUCAGUCUAUGGGAGAGGUGGACAGGAAGACCAUUUCUGCCUCUCCCAUAGAGGAAUCGAGGGGGACAUUUCUUCCAGCUUUACUGAUUGUGCAAAAUGUCACACCAGCAGCUCAGCCAGGGUCCUGUACCAGAGAUAAUAGGGUCCUAGCAGACAGAUGCCCGUGUUUGGACCUAUUUCUCUAAGUUUCAUAUCUUUUAAGUAGAUCAUGUAGAGAUGAUAGUUGUAGAUGCCAAGAACAUGUACUCUCCAGCAGGGCAGCCAGGAACAAGCCACAGCAGGUAACAUCUAUCCUGGGUGGCAAAGCCCUUCACACAAUAACUUUACAAAUACCCCCAGAGGAUCUAUGGGCACUUGAAUUACUAAACAACCUUGGGGGCUAUAUCCCCUCAGGGAAACCCUGAAUAGAGACCCUCUAGUCUAAAAUUUAAC